AUGGAAGACAUUCAAAUUAUCUCAACAUGUUUAGUUGGAGCAAUAUCAAAUAACGAAUCAAUCUCAUACAACAACAGCCCAAAAGUUUCUAAAAUUGAAAUGACACCAUGGGAUUUACAAUUCCUCCUCCUUGACACUAUCCAAAAAGGUCUCCUUUUUCACAAAGCAACAGAAAAUAAUACAUCAUUCAUUGACCACUUGAAAACAUCUCUUUCUCGCACUUUGCACUUUUUUCCUCCUUUAGCCGGCCGUUUCUCUGCCUUUAAAAACGCUGACGAUGACACAAUUUCUUUCUUCAUAAACUGUAACAACAACGGCGUGGAAUUCACCCACGCCGUUAGUCCAAAAUUAACUGUCUCUACAAUUCUUGAUUCUACACACGUACCACUUAUUGUUCACCAUCUUUUUCCACUCAAUAAUGUUCGUAAUUUCGAAUGUGUUACUAAGCCUUUAUUUGGUGUACAAGUAACAGAACUUGUUGAUGGUUAUUUUAUUGGGUGCAGUAUGAGUCAUAGUUUAGGAGAUGGGGAUUGUUUUUGGCAUUUCUUGAACUCUUGGUCCGAAAUUUCUCGUGCGUACGAAGUUAUUUCCAAGUUCCCGGUUUUAGAACGUUAUUUUCCUGAGAAAAUGGAUAUUCCAAUUCAUCUUCCCCUAAAGCUGGAUGAUGAAAAAUUGUUUCAAGUAAUUGAAACUCCACCUUUGAUGGAAAGGAUAUUUCAUCUUAGUAAAGAAAGUAUAGCUAAACUCAAAGCAAAAGCGAAUGCUGAAAUGGGUGUUAAGUCCAUUUCUUCCUUACAAGCUUACUUGGCUCAUCUAUGGCGCUCUCUUACUCGUAGUCGUAAUAUUGAUGCUGAGGAAGAAAUCGUCAUCAACCUUGUCAUCGGUGCAAGAUCAAGGCUAAAUCCUCCUCUUCCAGAAGAGUACUUUGGAAAUGCAAUUCAUGCCAAGCAAGUCAAGACAACUGCAGGAGAGCUACUAAAAAAUGGACUAGGAUGGGCUGCAAUGCAAAUGAACAAGGCAGUUAGCUCACAGAACUCUGAAGAAGUGAUGAAAUUCUAUAAUUGGUGGGCAGAAAAUCCAGUUUUAUUCUCUAAGGGCUCAGUAUUUAGAUUUGGCAUUAGUAGUUCUCCAAGGUAUAAUAUUUAUGGUACUGAUUUUGGUUGGGGAAAACCAGUUGCAGUGAGAAGUGGGAUGGCAAUGAAACAUAAUGGGAAGGUUACUUUAUUUCCUGGUGCAAAAGAAGGAAGUGUAGAUAUUGAAGUUUGUCUUUCACCUGAGACUUUACAAGCAAUGGAGAAUGAUCUAGAAUUCAUGGAAGCUGUAACUAAUUAAGAGUUCUUUAGUUUUCAGGAUCAUUUUUCUGUGUUGUAUUGCUUUGGUUAAUCAGGAAUAAGUAUUCUUGGAAAAAGAUAGGAGCAAGGAAGGGAAA